AUGAUGGAUAAUUCCACGCAGCAGAAGCCGCCUCCGUUCAGUCCUGUGGUCUCUAAAGUCCUUUUCCCCAUCACCCCAUCCCCAUCCCUCUCUUCCCCAUGUGCGCAUGCCAGUGCUGCUUCCAGUACCCACUUUCCCCUUCUUCCUCACCCAUUCCCACCUCUGCUUGACAGAGUGCGCAUGGCUUGGGGCUACUUCCAUUCCACCCCAGCACCCACUCAAUACACGCUGAGAACCUCCCAAUCUAACAUCCACCUCUCCCUUCAGCUGCACAGGGUGGGAGUAGCAUCGGGCUACUUCCUUUAUAAGCACCUUCUUGUACAGCUGGCACCCAGCUCAAUCUACUACCUCCCUCUCCCUUGUUUUCUGCAGGAUGGGCGUGGCAUCGGGCUACUUCCUCUUCAAGCAGCCUCUUGUAUAGCUGGUACCCAGCUCAAUCUACCACCCCCCUCGUCCUUAUUUUCUGCAGGGUGGGUGUUGCAUCGGGCUACUUCCUCUUCAAGCAGCCGCUGGACGAGUACUGGCGUGCUCAGGGCAGGCGAGAAGAGGGGGGUCCGGUUGGCGGAGGGGAAAAACAGGGACAAGGAGAUGCUGACGUGGCAGAGAGUUGACGAAGCGUGUAAAGCUACAGCUAUUCUCCACUUUCUCCACUUCAUUGUACUCCCCACUGACUUCCUCUACCCUUCUCCCUCCCCCCUCCCCUCCCCCACCUCCUUGGUCUCCCCUUCUUUCACCCCCCUCCGUCUCCCCUUCUUUCACCCCCCUCGGUCGCACCUCCUCUCACCCCCUCUGUCUUCCCUCCUCUCACCCAACUCGGUCUUCCCUCCUCUCACCUUCGGUCUCCCCUCCUCUCACCCCCUCGGUCUCCCCUCCUCUCACCCCCUCGGUCUCCCCUCCUCUCACCCCCUCGGUCUCCCCUCCUCUCACCCCCUCGGUCUCCCCUCCUCUCACCCCCUCGGUCUCCCCUCCUCACCCCUUCGGUCUCCCCUCCUCACCCCUUCGGUCUCCCCUCCUCUCCCCUCCCCUCCCCUGAACAGAGAGCUUCACCUCCGCGCUGAAUUUGGAAGGCGAGAUGCCGCCGACCAUGACCCACGUGCACAACGGCAGGAAGGGGCGGAAUGGAGCAAAGCUGCUGGACCUGCCGUGCACGUAUCAGAAGAAGAGCAGCAGCGAGUGGGUCUGCCAGGGAUCACUGGCCAGAUUCCUCUCGUGCUUUCUCGUCUGCACUAUUACAUGGCGCCACCAGCACCAGAAACGGCGGGCUGUUCCUCCCCCAAACCCUGCCCCUGCAGCUUCAACGUGUAUGUGUCGCAAGCAGAAGUGAAGACGGGGUGUGUGCUGCAGCAGAGCACUGUCACGUACUGGUGUCCCAAGCUGAGGAUGAGAGAGAAAAACCAAAGGCUAAGGGCAGUGAUGAUAGCACGGCUGGUGAUGAUUCAUGAGGCAUGUUAG